ACGUUUCUAUAGUUUGUUUUUUUUGCCCGUUAACUUACUCUAAAACCCUAAUUAAUUCCUCGUUUCUUCAUCGGCCGCUACUGGCGCUGCGCGCGCACACUUUUUUGCUCUCUUCCUUUGGUUUUUGGUCCUCACCCGACAAUCCCAAUGGACGAACUAAUCGACACUGCUGAGAAAAAGGUCCUUGUUGACAUUGUGAAGAUGGUUCAAAAAAGAGGCAUGAAGGGUACUAAAGGAGACUGGAAGGAGUUUUUAAAUAGUUACGAUAAAAAGUUUGGAUCUAGCUUAAGCGAUCCUGCAAGGAGAUCCAAUGAUGUUUUGGCUUCUUUCUUGAAGACAUUUGAUAAAGAGAAUGAUUUGAAGUUUUUGGCUAAUGUAAUGCAAUGCUGUUCAAAUCGCAAAUUAGUUGAUGAAUUAGCAAAAAGAAAUCCAGAUAAAGAAACCCCUGUGCAGAGAUUGGUUUGUUUAACUCUUCAACACCCACAAUAUGCGUUAGAGUAUGCAUUCCCUUCAUAUGAGGAGGGUUGGGUAGUUACAAAGCUCUGCAAGAAGUCCAAGGUGAGGAGGUCAGAUGAUAUGGUUGCCAUUGACUGUGAGAUGGUUGAAUGUGUUGAUGGAACUGAAGCUUUAGUGAAAAUAUGUGUUGUGGACCGAAACUUAGAGGUCAAAUUGGAUAAACUUGUGAAACCUAAUAAAGGAGUAGCAAAUUACAGAACUGAGAUUACAGGCAUUACUGAUGCAGAUUUGGAUGGAGUUACAUGUUCAUUGGCAGACAUACAGAAAUCCAUGAAGAAGUUAUUGUCAAAUGGAACUAUUUUGGUGGGCCACAGUGUAAAUAAUGACCUAAAAGUGUUAAAGGUAGAUCAUGCAUGGGUGAUUGAUACCUCAUUAAUCUUCAAAUAUUCAGAUGGACCUACUUUUAGAAGACCUUCUUUAAAUAAUUUGUGCAAGUCUGUGUUGGGGUAUGAAGUUAGGCAGAAGGGUGCUCCACACAACUGUCUAGACGAUGCAUGUGCUGCAAUGAAACUUGUCCUUGCCAAGAUAGAUUUGCAAGUUGCUAAUAUAUCCAUAAUUGACGAGGAUGUACCUGAAACAAACAUGGCAAAGCUACUUCUUCAUAGGAUACCAGUACAUAUGCCUAGUGAAGAACUACAUAAAAUCAUGCCUGGCAACUUUACAAUUGAAGUCAAGCAGCCAUCUAAGAAGCCGCAAGGAGAUAAAUAUUCUGUGUAUGUCGUCUAUAAGAAUUCACAAGAAGCGCAGCAAGCAUAUGAAGAUGUUAAAGGCAAUCAAGAAAAGGACUCGUAUGGACGACCACAAAAACUUGUCACAUUUCAGCUCAGCACAGGCAUAGUUGGUAAUUUAUAUGUCCGUAAGAUGGCCCAUGAUGACUCCGUUCAGCAAGUUUCAUCUAAGAAGAGAGCUUUGCAAGUUGAAGAGAAUUCAGUUAUGUCAAAGAAACUGAUAACAGAACGGACAAUUUUAAAGGAGAAUUUGGCAGAUUCAAAGCAGCUUUGUGAUCACCUUAAAGAAAUUGAAAGUUUGAAGGAACAACUGAAGCAGACUUCUGAUCAGUGUUCUGAUCACUUGGAAGAGAUUGAAAGACUGAAGCAAGAGCUGGGGAACAGGGAUUUUGAAAUCUCUGUGCUAAAUAAGAUGGUAUCGAAGUUGCAAAAGGACAAGAAAUUAAAAAAGAAAUAGAAAUUAGAUGUAACAUGAACUAAAAAAAAUAUAUAUGGCCUAUAGGCUGUACACAUUCGAUCACCGGUCUGCUACUUUAGAAGGACACAGCUUUUGAAAAAUGUUGUGGAGCAACCAGUGAAUCUCAGUGGGCUUGGGUGGAAUACCAUAAAGGUGCAGAAGAAGGGAUUGAAGGUUUUUCAUUUUUGGCUUCGUUCCUUAUGGUUGUCCAGUUCGAUUACUCAAGUAAAGGUCAAUUUUUCUUGUAAUAUGUUUAAUAUAUGACCACAAGACCAGCCUCAUCUAGCAGUAAAAUAUUUCAAGUAAUGGGGCCUUUUGUUUGAAAUCUUCAUAUCAAGGAACAAGCAAGCGGAGAUCAAGGGAAGAACCACUUGUUGUUCAGGUUGGAUGUUCCCAAAAAAAAAUUGGGUUGAAUGAUUUAAUGUAGCAGUAAUGUGGCCUUUAUUUAUGCACCAUUGUUUUGUUUUGUUUUAUUUUGUUUUUUGCUUUCUUCUUGAAAAGCCCUAUUUGUUAUACAAUAAAUUUAUACAAUAUUAUUUUUGUCAUU